CACACGCUCCGUCCAUCAGACCUCCUCCGGUCCUCUCCGCUGGAUUCUCCUCCUCUCCGCUCCUCUCCGGUGGAUUAACGGGACUCUUGUCGUGUUUCGGUGUAAAUAAAGGAACCGGAGCCCCCACCCCCACGCCGCCCCUCCCUCCGGUCAUGUGACGGUGAACCGGUUUAAUGAGGCUCCGGUGUCUCCGCCGUCCAGACCUGGACAUGGAGGCGGCAGCGGCGUAGCGCAGCGGGCAGGAGGAGGACGGACACCGCGCUGCAGCUGCCGGAGACCCGCAGAGACCCGCAGCUGCUGCCGGAACUUUCCUGAGUGCGGAGCUGGAAGUGUGCGGGACGAUGCGGGACAAACAGAGUUGGAGUCUGUGCGUAAAGAGGCAGUAGAGUCGGAGUUUGGAUAAAGUUUCUCCACUCUGACGGGACAGAGUCAGACCGAACUGAAGCCGGUCCGGUCCGGUCCGGUUCUCCAGAACAAUGCCUCGUCCCGGCAGGAACACGUACAGCGACCAGAAACCUCCGUACUCCUACAUCUCCCUGACGGCCAUGGCCAUCCAGAGCUGCCCGGAGAAGAUGCUGCCGCUCAGCGAGAUCUACAAGUUCAUCAUGGACCGCUUCCCGUACUACCGGGAGAACACGCAGCGCUGGCAGAACUCUCUGCGCCACAACCUGUCCUUCAACGACUGCUUCAUCAAGAUCCCCCGCAGACCGGACCAGCCCGGGAAGGGCAGCUUCUGGGCGCUGCACCCGAACUGCGGCGACAUGUUCGAGAACGGGAGUUUUCUGCGGCGCAGGAAGCGCUUCAAGGUGGGCAGCCUGCAGCCGCCCGACCCGUUGGGUCCCAGCAAGCCGCAGGACGCCGCGCACUUCCUCCAGCAGCAGGCCAAGCUGCGGCUCAGCGCGCUGCACGCCGCCGCGCACCUGCCGCCGAUGCCGGCCGGAUACAACCUGAGCUCCGCGCCGCCGUCCGGCUUCAAGCAUCCGUUCGCCAUCGAGAACAUCAUCGCCCGGGAGUACAAGGUCCCCGGCGGCCUGGCGGCCUUCAGCCCCGCCGGAUACCCGCUGCACAGCCAGCUGCCGCCCGCCUGGCCGCACAUGUACGGCUCCGGGAUGAUGGACCCGGCGGCGCCCAUCGGUGACUACUCGGCCUACGGGAUGCCGUUAAAGUCCAUCUGCCACGGACAGACGCUGCCCGCCAUCCCGGUGCCCAUCAAACCGACGCCCGGCUCGGUGCCCGGGCUGCCGGGGCUCCCCGCCCACAUCCCGGCCUUCCUGGCGAACUCUCCCCAGUCCCUGAGCCCCACGUCCCCGCAGACCGGACAGAGCAGCCCGGCGGCGCCCGGAGAGACGCUGCAGUCCGCGGUGACGGUUCACUGACCGGAGCCGGUUCACGUUAAUUUACCGAAAAGUACACAACAUCUGGCUGUGACCUCUGACCUGCAGCAGAAUAAAACCACUUUUAUUCACUUUUACUCCAGUUUCCUUCCGUUUCAUUUCAGUUUAACUCCAGUUUUAUUCCACGUUUUCAGCUUUUAUUCCUUUUUAUUUCAGAUUUCCUCCCUUUUUAUUCAGCUUCAUUUAAUUUCAUUCCAGCUUUCUUCUGUUUUAUUCCAGAUUUAUUUUUGAUUUAUUUCAGUUUUGUUAAGUUUAUUUGGUUUUCUUCAUUUUUUUCCAGUUUAUUUGAUUUAUUUGGAUAUCAUCAGUUUUUCUUUCAUUUUUUUCUUUUUCUCCGUUUCUCUUUCUUUUCUCUUUCUUUUUUCCCCAUUUUUCCUUCAUUUUUCUCCGUUUUUCUUCCACUUUCUUGUGUUUUCUGCUCGUUUUUCUUCCACUCUGUCCUCCUUCCUGCCUCUUUGCUUCACGGAUCGCUGGAUCUGCUUCUGAGUCUUUCUGGAGCUUUUGUUUGCUUCUUUUCUUCGCGCUGAAUGCAGUCAGAUUAAUGACUCUUUAACUCUUUAACUCUUCAGUCUUUCUGCUGCUUCUUUUCUUCUGAGGAUGAUGAGGACUGUAGGUGUAUUAUGGGAUGUUUUGCUGCUGUCUUUGUGCCGCUGCAUGCUGAACUCUUUGUAUUUUCUGGUUUUUGGGGUUUUGAAGCUGAAAGCAUGAACUCUGCUCUUCAUCACAUCAUUAAAGGAUUCCUGCAGUUCUCAGAGCAAACCUCAUUUUUAUCUAAAUUAAAUUCUCUAAAAGGCCUGAAAUCCUUUAAUUCUCUGA